AUGGAGAGCCGCAAACGAGCUUAUCACGACGCGGAACCUGGCGUGACACGGCAACGUACACAAAAGCAGGAUUGCGACACCAAAGAAAACACAACUCUGCAGGAUUCACUUGGAAACGAAAAACUGAAUUUUUUUGUGAAUGGUUGGUGGGUGUGGGUGAAUGGUUGGUGGGUGUGGGUGAAGGGUUGGUGGGUGAAUGGUUGGUGGGGGUGGGUGAAGGGUUGGUGGGGGUGGGUGAAGGGUUGGUGGGUGAAUGGUUGGUGGGGGUGGGUGAAUGGUUGGUGGGUGUGGGUGAAGGGUUGGUGGGUGAAGGGUUGGUGGGUGUGGGUGAAGGGUUGGUGGGUGUGGGUGAAGGGUUGGUGGGGGUGGGUGAAGGGUUGGUGGGGGUGGGUGAAGGGUUGGUGGGUGAAUGGUUGGUGGGUGUGGGUGAAGGGUUGGUGGGUGAAUGGUUGGUGGGGGUGGGUGAAUGGUUGGUGGGUGUGGGUGAAGGGUUGGUGGGUGUGGGUGAAGGGUUGGUGGGUGUGGGUGAAGGGUUGGUGGGUGAAUGGUUGGUGGGGGUGGGUGAAUGGUUGGUGGGUGUGGGUGAAGGGUUGGUGGGGGUGGGUGAAGGGUUGGUGGGUGAAUGGUUGGUGGGGGUGGGUGAAUGGUUGGUGGGUGUGGGUGAAGGGUUGGUGGGGGUGGGUGAAGGGUUGGUGGGUGAAUGGUUGGUGGGUGUGGGUGAAGGGUUGGUGGGUGAAUGGUUGGUGGGGGUGGGUGAAUGGUUGGUGGGUGUGGGUGAAGGGUUGGUGGGUGUGGGUGAAGGGUUGGUGGGUGAAUGGUUGGUGGGGGUGGGUGAAGGGUUGGUGGGGGUGGGUGAAGGGUUGGUGGGGGUGGGUGAAGGGUUGGUGGGGGUGGGUGAAGGGUUGGUGGGGGUGGGUGAAGGGUUGGUGGGUGUGGGUGAAUGGUUGGUGGGGGUGGGUGAAGGGUUGGUGGGGGUGGGUGAAGGGUUGGUGGGUGUGGGUGAAUGGUUGGUGGGGGUGGGUGAAGGGUUGGUGGGUGAAUGGUUGGUGGGGGUGGGUGAAGGGUUGGUGGGUGUGGGUGAAGGGUUGGUGGGGGUGGGUGAAGGGUUGGUGGGUGUGGGUGAAGGGUUGGUGGGGGUGGGUGAAGGGUUGGUGGGUGAAUGGUUGGUGGGGGUGGGUGAAUGGUUGGUGGGUGUGGGUGAAGGGUUGGUGGGGGUGGGUGAAGGGUUGGUGGGUGAAUGGUUGGUGGGGGUGGGUGAAUGGUGUGUGGGUGAAGGGUUGGUGGGGGUGGGUGAAGGGUUGGUGGGGGUGGGUGAAGGGUUGGUGGGUGAAUGGUUGGUGGGUGUGGGUGAAGGGUUGGUGGGUGAAUGGUUGGUGGGGGUGGGUGAAUGGUUGGUGGGUGUGGGUGAAGGGUUGGUGGGUGAAUGGUUGGUGGGGGUGGGUGAAGGGUUGGUGGGGGUGGGUGAAGGGUUGGUGGGGGUGGGUGAAGGGUUGGUGGGGGUGGGUGAAGGGUUGGUGGGGGUGGGUGAAGGGUUGGUGGGGGUGGGUGAAGGGUUGGUGGGGGUGGGUGAAGGGUUGGUGGGUGUGGGUGAAUGGUUGGUGGGGGUGGGUGAAGGGUUGGUGGGUGUGGGUGAAUGGUUGGUGGGGGUGGGUGAAGGGUUGGUGGGUGAAUGGUUGGUGGGGGUGGGUGAAGGGUUGGUGGGUGUGGGUGAAGGGUUGGUGGGGGUGGGUGAAGGGUUGGUGGGUGUGGGUGAAGGGUUGGUGGGGGUGGGUGAAGGGUUGGUGGGUGAAUGGUUGGUGGGGGUGGGUGAAUGGUUGGUGGGUGUGGGUGAAGGGUUGGUGGGGGUGGGUGAAUGGUUGGUGGGUGUGGGUGAAGGGUUGGUGGGGGUGGGUGAAGGGUUGGUGGGGUGUGGGUGAAGGGUUGGUGGGUGUGGGUGAAUGGUUGGUGGGUGUGGGUGAAGGGUUGGUGGGUGUGGGUGAAUGGUUGGUGGGUGUGGGUGAAGGGUUGGUGGGUGUGGGUGAAGGGGUUGGUGGGGUGUGGGUGAAGGGUUGGUGGGUGUGGGUGAAUGGUUGGUGGGUGUGGGUGAAGGGUUGGUGGGUGUGGGUGAAGGGUUGGUGGGUGUGGGUGAAGGGUUGGUGGGUGUGGGUGAAUGGUUGGUGGGGGUGGGUGAAGGGUUGGUGGGUGUGGGUGAAGGGUUGGUGGGGGUGGGUGAAGGGUUGGUGGGUGAAUGGUUGGUGGGGGUGGGUGAAUGGUUGGUGGGUGUGGGUGAAGGGUUGGUGGGGGUGGGUGAAUGGGUUGGUGGGUGUGGGUGAAUGGUUGGUGGGGUGGGUGAAGGGUUGGUGGGUGUGGGUGAAUGGUUGGUGGGUGUGGGUGAAGGGUUGGUGGGUGUGGGUGAAGGGUUGGUGGGGUGUGGGUGAAGGGUUGGUGGGUGUGGGUGAAUGGUUGGUGGGUGUGGGUGAAGGGUUGGUGGGUGUGGGUGAAGGGUUGGUGGGGGUGGGUGAAGGGUUGGUCUCUCAUAGUUGA